AUGCCUACCAUAGUUGGAUCAUCAGUUGGCGAAUGGCCGAAUCGUUACUUAUUGCGAUGGAGGGCAUCGCGUAAAGGAGAAGAAAGUAAUGGAAACACAAUUCCAAUAAAUGGAUUCAUUAUCAAAUACCAAUACAUUUGGGACACAGGGGAAGGCCAGCAGGUAGUGAAGCGUAUAAGUAAAGACGUUGUUACAUUUAAAUCCUUCGUUUAUGGAUACUACAUUGAAAACCUUCACCCUGACUGGAGUUAUAAAAUUACUGUUACAACUUUCAACGAUUUUGGAGAAAGCGAUGAGUCCAUCCCCAUGUAUUUUGUCACAGCAGUAGAUUCAACAAACACAAGAACAUCGUCGAAAGAGGACACGGCCACUAAUCAACCAGGACGAGGAAUUUGCCCUCAAGUUGGAGAUACAGCCUCUCUGCCAUCAUCGCGUGCUGACAUGCGUCCGAUCACAAACCUCCUUGUGUUUACUUUAUGUCUAAUUUGCAGUUGUCAAUACAUUCAUAUUUAACACCUACCCACUAUGAUUAUAAUUAUGGAUUAUCCAUCCGUCAAUAAAUCAAUCAAUAUUGUUCAGUCAAUCAAUCAGUCAACCAACCAAACAACCAAUCAAUUAAGCAUCUUCUCAACCAGUAUAAUUUUAUAUUACUCUUCACUAACGUUAGUAGACAUACAGUAUAAUGGUAUGUCAAAUUGAUCGACCAUCUAAUCAAAUGAACAUUGAGCACUGCUGUUAAUAUCUCAUAGACUCUAAAAAAAAUUAAUGCCAGCAUUGGAAACUAAUAAGUUAUGAAUUAAAUUAGCUAAAUCAUUGUUAUUUUAAUUAUAUUAUUUUUUCUUAUUUGUUUAAAGUCUUUUAUAUAUAAAUUAGCUUACUAUUGUUUCUCGCAAGAUUGGAAAAUAAGUAAUAAAUGCAGCCCGAAAAUUGUAAAUUAUUUAUCGUGGUUGCUUGACAACACUUACAUAUUAGUACGAUUUUGCAGUCUAAAAAGUAAGGGAAAACAUUCUUGGUUUCAAUCUUUCUAUUGUAAAAUUCUCCUAAACUCAUUGUUUAAGUAAGCAAUGUAUAUAGUUUGACAAAACCUUCCAACUACAGUAUAGGAAUAUUGAUACGUACUACACUGAGCUGAAAUUUAUUAGUUACUCCAAAACGCAAAACAUUACAGACAUGGUUGCACAAUGCAAAAAUAAAACGAUUUAAACAGUAAAAACCUAAAAGUAAACGGAAAGAAUGCCAGAACCAGGAUGGCCGAUAAAGCUGCCAAGUAAUGGCACAUUUUUAAUGGAAUCUCAGAUAAAAAUAAACAGCAUUAACAAACAUCAAACAAG